CGUCUUCGCACUAUCGAAAAAAUUUAAAACGAGACUCUCUUCACCAGAAGAAGUUCUCUAUCCCAAAACGUGGAGAAGCGUGGAUCGUAAAGUCACUAGGAAAUAAAUGGAAAGAUUACAAGUGCGAAUUAAAAAGUGAGUAUACGCGAAAAUAUAAGACUAAAGACGCUUUGCUAAAAAAUAGACCAAGUCGCAUACCAAGGGAUCAAUGGAGUGGUCUUGUCUCUUAUUGGCUUUCUGAUAAAGCUAAGAGACGUACCCAAGCAAAUAGAAAUAAUAGGGCCAAACAAACUAUGCCUCACACAGGAGGAUCCAAAAGUAUUGCUACCUUGAUGAAUGAGCAGGCUGUAAACGGGAUAGAGCCUACACGAGCAGAAAUUUUUAUAUUAACUCAUAAAAAACGUAAGUAUGGUAGACCACUGGAUGAUGAUUCUGCCAAGACAAUCGUAAGAUUUAUUCUUUCUUUUAUUUUAUAAAUUGGCAAACAGUUAGAACAUGAGAAAUAUUGUGACUUUUGUUCAUGUUUAUUUAUUCACUCAAAGAUAUUAGGCAUAAACUUCCUUGUUGCUAUGGUUGUCCAACAGAAAAAAUAUUGAUUUAUUCAUGAAUUUUAAUUUUUAUCCUUAGCAUUUGCUGGUGAUUAGAAGAGGCAUCUUCAUGGUUACAUAGUUUAAAGAAAUUGGAUCAAUUUGCUACGCACAUGAUCAAUAUUAUUGUUCACUUGGCCAAAUGAACUUCAUUUUUUCUCAAAGAAGUGAAAGAAAUCAUUUGUGUUUACAUAAAUUAAAUAAACUAUAGGUAAAUAACUCAUACAAGACCAUAAUAGCUUAUGAGAGACAACACCGAAUAUCAAAGAAGAUUAGAAACAAUAGUGCAGUUAAAGAGACGAAGAGCUUUCUGUUGCGUUACUAAAUGAAGUUAGAUGUUGGUGCUUGCAUUUUUUACAUCAAGGAGCUAAAUGUAAUCUUCAUGAAACAUGACUGAAACUUGUUGCAUUUAUAUGGAAAUUUUUGGCUCAUCUGUUAAUUUGGUCACAUGUUAGGUAAUGAAAGGAAUUGAAAUCAGUGAUUUAUGUGCCUACUUGAGUAUCGUGUCAUUUUGUUAGUCAAUGGGUGCACGGAUUGAACUUUGAAAAAUUAUCUUGCUUAUGGAUUAAGAAUGAAAUUUUCAGUAAUAAAGGUUGAGGUUAAUAUACAGAUUGCUAAGCUAUUUUCCUCUUCAUGAAUUCCAAAAUAGAUUUAUCACUAUGGUCAGGAAAUGAUAAAUGAAAGGAUGAGCAAUAGUGAGAGAUCUACUGAGCAACAUCCUCGCAAUGUUACUUGAGAAAGCGAUGUGUAUUCCUAAGUGUUGGGAAAUGAAAAUAGUAGGUAUGUUUGUGGUUUGGGACUUAGUCCAACUCCUUCUGUUUUAUGGGGUAGUAAGUCUUCCAUAGGAAAUACUAUUGUAGAUGAUAUGUCUAAUGAGGUUAUAAAAAGAUUAGAACAGGAGAUAAUCGAGUUAAAGGAGAAAAAAAAUGAAGAAAUGAAUAUGAUAAAAUAAAAUCAGGAGAAGAUGCAAUUAGAACUACUCCAAAUGAGACAAUUCAUGUGCAAAUAUGCUCCUAAUGCAUCUAUGCCUCAAAGUAGCAAUGGCACCUCGGGUGAACAGGUAACUCGAUUUUAUAAGCUUUAAAUAUUUUUAAUGAAAUUUUUAUCAUAUAAAAGUAUCGUUAUCUAACAUGUUAAUAUUUAUUAGAUACCUGACGCCAAUAGUGGACAUAAACGAGUACCGCAAUCAUCAAGGAUACCUAGUGUUGCUGAAAAUGCUCAACCUUCUUACGGUCAUACAGUCUAAUGUUCGAUAAUUUAGCCGGUGAAAGAUCUCAAAAUGAUGAAAAGUGCAGAAAUCAUUUGAACACCAUCAUUCGUCUGGAUUAGUUAUAUAAUGAUAUUAGUUAUUUAGUUUAAAUAAUAUAAGUUUAU